AGAGAGAGAUUCUCUGAGAGCUGGAGUGCUUUAAGUCAUUCUGGGACAUAUCGAACUACUUGAAGGACACUGAAAGACAUUCUAAGGCAACAAAAUGCUAUUAGUUGAUGUUGAAUUAGAGAAACACAAGGAGAAGUCCCAUGAGAGCAGAACUCCCACAAACAACACAAACUUUCUGUCACACUCUAUUGAGGAAAUACUAAAGAAACCAUUCUCUUUGGCUGUGCGACCUGACCGAAGAGAACAGAGAAGUGUGGAUAAAAUAUCUGGAGUUACACAGACAAAACUGAAGGCAGAAGCUCCUCAAAUCAGCCAACACAAAGUUCACUGGUCCAGUCACAGAAGGGUGCGGACUACAUUCACAGUCACUCAGCUUGAGGAGCUGGAAAGAGUUUUUCAGCAAACACACUAUCCUGAUGUUCAGACUAGAGACCAGCUCGCCUCUCGAACCCAGCUAUCUGAAGGCAGAGUUCAGAUCUGGUUCCAGAACCGAAGGGCGAAGUGGAGACGCAGUGAAUCUAAAGGAGGACACACACCUCUAACAGUGCUGAGAGACACAAAACACACUCACCAUCCCCUACCUCCUCUCCUCUAUAUUCCGUGUGUGAGGAUUGAACAGAAGUUCUGCCCACCGGGGUCAAUCUGCCAUCCUAUUGGUUCUACUGAACGCGCCACCCUGGAACAUCAUUCUUACUUUUGAGUUCAUCGGUUUCAUGGGUCACCAAGCCUAGCAACCCAAGAGUACAACUACACUUUUUCAACAACAGUGCUAUAAAGGUUUUGUCCCAUUUUGGAUCUAAACAGUGCUUUCUGAAAUGGCACAUUGUGCCUUGUAAUAUAUUAGUUGUUUAUAGUAAAAUUCAACAGAGUCACAUUGGUGUCUAUAAAGACUUAGUGACUUAUUUUGUACAUUAGAAUUACCUUAUUUGUUUUAAUACCAAAUCAUAUGUGAUAUGAUGAAUGUGGCAAGUUGUAAAUCAGUUUGCUUAUCUCAUCACAAUGAAAACCUGAUAAAACCACCAAAAGAAUAAUGUAAUUUGUGACACAGCACUUGUAACCAAACUGACUGUACUAAUAGAUUCCUAGAAUCCUAGAAGAGAAAUGAUGACAUGUGGUCUGAGUACUGUCAUAUCUUAUAUUCAGGCAAUGGAGAAACUGAUAGAAAGAUGUUAAGAAGGUCUAGAAAGUUCACAUUACAGUCAUGUAUAUGGAUCAGUGCUAUUUUCUGACAAAUAUCACAGAUCUGUAAUCCAAUUUACAUUCAGUGGCAUGAAAUGGGAGCAUGUGUCUAUGUGUAUGUGUGCAUGCAUUAAAGCAACCUAAAUAUGUAUUAAACUAGAUUGUUUAUAUUCUAAUAUUGCUCUAUUUAACAGCAUCAAGAUGUUAUCUCCGCCCUCCAAGCAAUAGACCAUAAGCUUGAAUGGAUAUGGUGCCAUAAAUGAAUUUUGUUGUUGAGAUUUCUAAUUAUCACUGAAUUGGUUUAUUGGCUCUUAAACCAUAAAGUGUGGCCUUAUCUUAAUUUGACUUUGAGUUCACAGGCAGGUCAGGACAGGUUGAGAGGGCGAACACAAGGAUGACUUCACAUUGAAACCUGAACGAAAACAGACGUCAAAUAAUGGCAAAAAAGCUGAUGAAAAAUUAAGCUACACUUACUUAACCGAGAUAGAAAGAUCUAAACAGACGUGUUAUUCAGGGUCAGAAAUUUGCUUUUCCAUUAAGGGGUAAUAUUUGCCCCUGGAUUUGAUUUUCAAGGGCAUUUUAUAUCUUUUAGGGCUUUAUUUUCUCUCUAACCAAAUUCAAAAUGUGAUCCCUUUAUGUAAAAUUCAAUCCAUUAACAUAAGCUGUCAGAAUGAAUAACUAUAUUGAGAAUUAUUUUACCUCUUGCCCAUAAAAUUCAAUCAACACCAACUCAUUCUUUAUACAAUAAUAUGUAUAAUUAGGCCUAAAGGAGAUCAUUAGGGGGCAAGUAAUAUAGUUAAUAUAAUUAUCAUAAUAUAAUAAGUAACUAUAUCAUGGUAGUAUUUGUUUUACUGCCUUUCAUUUCUGAUGAUUUAAAUAAAAUAUAAUUGUAUUACUCUUUUUUCACUUUCAUGCUAU